CCCGCGGCGCUUCACCAUCUACCCCUGCGUUUUGGGGGCGCAGGGCUUCACCUCCGGGCGCCACUACUGGGAGGUGGAGGUGGGCGAUAAAACCCACUGGGCUCUCGGCGUCUGCAAGGAUUCGGUGAGCCGGAAAGGGGAACUCACGCCCUUACCGGAGACGGGAUAUUGGCGAGUUCGGCUCUGGAACGGCGACAAGUACGCGGCCACCACCACCCCCUUCACCCCGCUGACGGUGCGGGUGAAGCCGAAGCGCGUCGGCGUCUUCGUGGACUACGAAGCCGGCAAAGUGGCUUUUUACAACGUCACCGACCGCUCCCACAUCUACACCUUCACCGACACCUUCACCGAAAAGAUCUGGCCGCUUUUUUACCCGGGGAUCCGCGCCGGGAGGAAGAACGCGGCGCCGCUCGUGAUCCGGUCGCCCACGGAUUGGGAGUGA